AUGUCCACGACCGUGGUCACCGUACCCGUCACAGUGACGGCUAGCCAGUCCGUCAUCGUCGUCACCUCGACGAUUGCAACCACAAAUGCUCCUUACAUUACAGGCCUCCCGACCUCAUCGUCCGACCCGGUAGCCUCAGCCUCUGCGGCCACCGAUGGCGCCAACACUGCCUCAGGCGCGGGCGCCACAUCGUCCUCUUCACCGUCCUCAUCAUCUUCUGGCUCGGGUACUCCUGUCGGUGCGAUUGCCGGCGGUGUGGUAGGAGGCGUCGCCCUCAUUGCUUUCAUCAUUGUGCUUGCUUUCUUCAUGAGAAAGCGAUCUAAGGCCAAAAAGACGCCGAGUCCCUUCCCCGAUGACGACGACGAGAAGGGUCCUUCGGUAAUUGCCGGUCUGCCGCCCAACCCCUCAACGACUCACCUGCGACCGCUCUCGGGCAGCUACAACCCCUCGAUGGUCAUGACAGAGGCCUCUGCAAUGCCUCUGCUGGGAACCGACGGCUCGAUCCACAGCGGCUCCCACGGGCCCGGCGGUGCGUUCAUGGCCGACGCCCGCUCGGCGCACAUGCAGAGGCCAUCGACCACCUCGCUCGCCCCAAGCUUCAUCAUGGGCUCGUCUGCAUCUUAUCCUCAUUCUCACAGCAGCCAUCCCGGCCAGGCCUGGAGUGGCGCUGUGCCGUCCAAUGGCUACGACUCUCCGUCUGCCUUCGCUGGCGGCUAUCCCGACGUGCACAGGACCGCUUUCUACGAGCCUCAUCUGCCUCCCGGAGUCGACCCCCGGGCGCUACCCGCAUCGACGAUUGCUGCAGGAUCGGCAGCGGUUGCCUAUCACAGUGCAGGCGCGAGCGCCAGCACGGCAUCUCCCGUUGCGCACGGCAUGGAUGCGCGAGCUCUGGCAGCUGCUCCCGGGAUGUCAAGCUUGCCGAUGGGUGCAGCGCCUGCCAAUUAUGCAGCUGUGAGCGAGGCCGCUCGACUUCGCAGCGCCUCGCAGAGUGGCUCUGAUGGUCUCAAUGGCGCUGAAUUGCGCUCCGGUGCAGCAUCCAUGAGCGAUGCGAGCAGUCGUCGAGGAUCGCACGGAAGCACACUUGCCAUGCACCCGGCAGUGGCGCAGCUGUCCGAGGCAUCGCCUCCGUUUCUAGCCGAUGGCGGAAGCCCUCACCGAAGGCCGCCGGCAGCUGGGUUUCCCGGGUAUCAGUCGAAUUUGAACACCAUCCCCGGCUCGGUUGCUGUUUCCGAGAUCGCGAGUGCGGACCAUCAGUCGCUGCACUCAGGCGCUCAGAGCUACGGUGGAGAUGCGACGCUGCCCCCAAGGCUGCCAUCCAUCCCAGCAUCAAGCCCGCUAAUUCUUCAGGAUGCGGCCGCUGUGGAAAACCCUCCACGCGCCUCUUCUUUUGGUGGUACGGCUGCCCGACUCACUACUGAGCCAGCCACGGAUACGCUGCGUUCCAACGACGCCUCCACGGGCACGUACAACAGCGACGGAACCUACAACACAUACACUGGCGCGAUCAAGGGCCAGUUGCGCGUUGUUGGAUCGAGCGAUGCCCACGCCGAUGGUGCUCGAGGAACGACAACCAUCGUGGAAGAGGAGAGCCCGAUCAGCGGACCUCGGCGGGAGAUGAGCGGCGACUCUAAGGCAGGCGAGUUCUGGAUCGAAGGGCGCGAAAAGUCCAAGCUGGGCGCUGCGGGCCAACGUCUUGGCCAGCACUCGAGCAACAACAGCACGAGCAGCAUCAACAAGAACGGCAGCCGCAUGAUCGAGAUGCUCGACGUGGACGAGCAGCCGGAUGUGCCUGAAUCGGUGACGGGCCCGGCUGAGCCAUCGCCGUCGACGCCUUCGAGGCCGUCGUUCUGGAAGGAGCGCACCAAGUCGUCACAAUCCAUCGCCAAGGUGUUCCGAAGCUCGCCGUUGCUCCACGCCAAUGCAUCACCCUCCGAGCAUUCUCCAGCGCCGACGAGCGGCGCCCGACUGAGCGGCGUGGCUGCCGAGUCGAGUCGCUCGCACGGUGUGCCGGAGCAUCUUCCUCCGCUCGACCUGGGCCGAUCGGUUGCGAUUUCGGACCACCGAGCGUCGGACUCGCCGAAGACGGAGGGUGAGGCUGAGAUGUGGAAGGACGCCUCCAAGCAGAAGCACGGAGGAGCGAUGCGCAGGUGGACGCGAAAGAAGGCAGGCCGAAGCGGAUCCGGGGCGCAGGGCGCGGAUAACGAGGUGGACGUCGACGAACUCUUUCGCUGA